UUGACUAACAAGGCAGACUCAUCAUUCAGUAGCAAGCGAAUGAUUCAGCUUAACUUUGCGGGGGGGGGGAAUCUGCAACCUAAUUAAAAAGGUGUUUUGGAAGAAACAAAAAAAUGCUUCAUUUUAGCCUUCCUAAAAUGUCUCUUGAAAGCGUUUGUGACUCAAGAAUACUGAAAUAAUAGCCCUAAGAAGAGAAAAGUGGUAAUUGUUAUCAAGUGACACUCCCUCUACCUGUGGACAUCUUCCACACAACUUAAAGAGCAGAUUUAGGAAUAUGAAGUUACCAAUAUCCUUUCUCCUGAUGCUGCUUUCCAUGAACAUUGUCCAUGGUUAUUAUCCUGAACGAUUUCAGAAACAAUCCAGUGGACCGAUGAACAGCACUCCUUUUCUACCUUUUAAUAUGAAAAGUCAAGCUUUACAGCCAAGGGGAGGACAAGGGCCUCCUGGUCCAGCAGGCCCUCCUGGUCCAAGAGGCCUACCAGGCCCUUCAGGAGCUCCAGGAAAAGCAGGCUAUGGAAGCCAAGGGCCUCAAGGGGCCCCAGGACCCCCAGGACUAUCAGCCGUUGGAAAGCCAGGACUGCCAGGUUUGCAAGGAAAACCAGGGGAGAGAGGACUAUCUGGAGACAAAGGAGAUAUGGGCCCUGCUGGUCACCCAGGGCCAAGAGGACCCCCAGGAGCCCCUGGAAUUCCUGGUCCAGCUGGGAUAUCGGUUGCUGGGAAACAAGGACUGCCAGGGCCACAAGGGCUAAGGGGCAUCCCAGGAGAAAAAGGUGAGCCAGGCAUUCCAGGUAUAAAUGGACAGAAGGGAGAAAAUGGAUAUGGGGUUCCAGGUCGCCCAGGGGAAAGAGGUCUGCCAGGGCCACAGGGGCCUUCAGGAUCCCUGGGACCUGCAGGGAUAGGGAGGCCUGGGGAAAAAGGAUUUCCAGGUCAGCCGGGUAUUAAAGGGGAUAGGGGCUUACCAGGCACCCCAGGACCAAUUGGCAUCCCAGGUCCCCAAGGCCUUCGUGGGGAACCUGGAGAACCAGGAAUAGGAAAACCUGGGCCAAGUGGACCACCAGGAAUACCAGGAAUACCGGGAGCAAAAGGACUUCCAGGUCCCUUUGGCCUGACUGGGCCUCCUGGUCUCCCAGGAUUUGGAAAACCAGGAUUGCCAGGGAUGAAGGGUCAGAGAGGACCUGAAGGCCUCUCUGGUGUUCCAGGAGCAAAGGGAGAACAAGGCCCAGCUGGUGCUCCAGGUGAACCAGGACCAGUUGGACCAUCUGGGAAUGUAGGCCCUCAGGGGCUCAGAGGUGCAGCUGGUGAAAAUGGCAUACCUGGGCAAAAGGGUGAAACAGGCCUUGCAGGUCCAGCAGGGCUCCCAGGUGUUAAAGGAGAGAGAGGUCUACCUGGACUGGAAGGGAAAUCAGGGUAUCCUGGGGAGCCAGGGCUUCCUGGCCCAAAAGGACAUCCAGGUUUGCCAGGCCUUAAAGGGGAUACAGGCCAUGCUGGGUCACCUGGCCUGCCUGGACCAAUGGGAUCACCAGGACCUAAAGGAGUGGCAGGAGUCAAUGGUGAGCAAGGCCCAAGAGGACCACUAGGGAUACCUGGUACAAGAGGACCAGUUGGGCCUCCAGGUAUUCCAGGAUUCCCUGGCAGUAAAGGGGAAACAGGUGCACCAGGGUUACCAGGCCCCAUUGGUAUUGCUACAAAGGGCUUAGAUGGGCCUAUGGGACCUCCAGGACCACCAGGCCCCAAAGGCCACGAUGGGGAGCCUGGAUUGCCAGGUUCUCCAGGUCCACCUGGUCCUCCAGGACAAGCGAUACUGCCAGAAGGCCAGGCCCUGGCAGGAGUGCCUGUUAUGAAAGCAGGUGCAGUUCAAGGUCUAACUGGCAUGCCAGUGUCAGCUUUCACUGUCAUUCUUUCCAAAGCUUACCCCGCAGCAGCUGCCCCUAUCAGAUUUGAUAAAAUUUUGUAUAACAGACAACAGCACUAUGACCCCAGCUCAGGCAUCUUCACUUGCAGAAUACCAGGACUUUAUUACUUUGCUUACCAUGUGCACGUGAAAGGAACACAUAUUUGGGUUGGCCUAUACAAAAAUGGCUCACCCAUCAUGUACACCUUUGAUGAGUAUAAGAAAGGAUACCUUGAUCAGGCUUCUGGUAGUGCUGUUGUUGACCUCAUGGAAAAUGAUCAAGUCUGGUUGCAGCUGCCCAACAAUGAAUCAAAUGGCUUGUUUUCUUCAGAGUACGUUCACUCCUCCUUCUCAGGUUUCUUAUUUGCACAAAUGUAACAUCCUGACACUCCAAAAAUAUAGUACCUUAGUAUGUGUGUUUCUACUUCUAGAUGUCCAGCAGAGACUAGCUAAAGAAAGUGUGGACUCAAAGUUAAAUUUCUAAGGCAAGUGCUACAUGAUGUGUGUCUUUUCAAAAGACAUUUUUAAGUAGGGGCGGGGAGUCUGUCUGUGGCUCUCCAGAAUGCUGCUGGACUCUGACUCCCAUUAGUACCAGCCAAUUGUCAGAGAUGAUGGGAGAUAUAGUUCAACAACAUCUGAAGGGCCACAGGUUACUCAUCUCUCUUUUAAUCAUACACCCAACACCCACUCUAAGUGUGACUUAGUUGGAUUCAAUCCAAGGAAUGCUAUAUUCGGCAUUAAACUUGCACACCUAUUUGGCAUUACAAUCAGCAUAUGCAGUGAUUUCCCCCCUGUAACACUAGCAUAACCUUCCGUACUGUAUUGCCAUGACACCCUAUACAUUCCAUCCCAAGCAUUUUCAUGCUAACACAAUAUGGUCUAAAAUCAAGUCAUCAGUCAUCUAACAGAUUACACAUUGGCAACAGUUCAGAUAUAAUCAUGUACAAUUAUCCAUAACCAACAGCUAGUGACACUGGUGGGGAUUUGCAAAACAGGAUGCAGUUCAGCCACUUCUGUGGGAUCCAAAUGAGCUUUGCAAUAUAGAGGGCAUAUUCAUCCAGAUGUUCAGGUGUGCAGUUUAGCAUACUGAUACAACAUUCAAUGUCUAGAACUGGCCUAGUACAAUUUUGGGUAAUUGAUCAUUUAACUCAAUUAAACUCACAAAAUAUAUUGCUACCCCUACAGAA